AUGGAUGUUAAGGAACUACUGCCUCGAGGCCUUAUUAACUCGGGGAAUUUAUGCUUCCUUAGUGCAACUGUACAUGAUCUUUUGGUUUGUUCUCCUUUUGUUCAGCUUUUGCAGGAGCCAAGAACUUGCAACAUUCCUAAGAUUAGGAAUUGUUGUAUGUGUAUUGGCUAUCCCAUGCUGAAAGCAUUUGCUGAGUUCGUAACUCAAUUUGACGUGCCAAGCGGAAUAAAAUUAAAGAAGAAAGAUACAAAUUAUUUUGAGUUUGGACGGGCAUUUUUCCCUGUUAUGUUUGAAGAUGUUCUGAAAAAUUUUGUUCCGGAUGUGCCAAAUGGUAUUUCAUGA